AUGCUAAAGCUCUACAGAAAAAAACUUAAACAACAGGAGGAGGAAAAAAAUCCAAUUGAGGACUUUCAAACAACAACAGUAACGGCCCAAACUUCUCUUGAUGUGCUUUCUGACUCAGUUAAAAAAGAUCAGAUAAGUAUCACUGAUGAUGAUGUUUCAUCCAUUUCGAAUAAUUCCAAAUGGCAAGACCCAACAUACUUUAAAUCCAGCUGGCAGGAAUAUACCUUCAUAGGAACAUGUAUGCUAGCAAAUCUUUUGAACCAAGCUGGCCAAACGCAAACUCUUUCAACCAUGAAUGUGCUGGCAGAUUCGCUCAAUUCUGAUGGUGCUGCAAAGACCUGGUUAAUGGCUUCUUUCACCCUAGCAUCUGGCUCAUUUAUUUUGGUAAGUGGCAGAAUAGGUGACAUAUAUGGUCUAAAAGCUACUUUUAUUGGAGGUAAUAUCAUCUUCUGCAUUUGGUCCAUUCUUUGCGGUGUUUCAAAAUAUACCGAAAAUGUAACCUUCUUUAUUAUCUGUCGUGCGUUCCAAGGAUUAGGUGUAGCCUUCGUCUUACCAAAUGUCAUGGGCCUUGUCGGUAAUAUCUACAAUGUUGGAUCUAUGCGUAAAAAUAUUGUUAUCAGUUUUAUCGGUUGUAUGGCCCCCGUUGGUCAGACAUUUGGUGGUAUGUGGGGUGGACUCAUCGUUGAUUCAAACAAAGAUCAAUGGCCUUGGAUUUUUUUUGCUACUGCCAUAGCUGUUUUUAUCAAUUUGAUUAUGGGGAUUUACUCGAUACCUAACCAUGUUCCCACAAACAUCUACAAUUUGAAGAUGGAUUGGAUUGGGUCUCUGCUCGGCGUUAUUGGUUUAAUUCUAAUGAACUUUGUUUGGAAUCAGGCCCCAAUUUCUGGAUGGUCAAAGGCAUAUAUUAUAGUAAUAUUGAUUGUUGCAGUCUUUUUCUUAGUGGCUUUCUUUAUUUACGAGUUAAAAAAAGCAGAAUCACCAUUAUUACCACCAGAAGUAACUAAAAAUCGUCAUAUUGUCACAAUCAUCAUCUCGCUGUUCCUUGGAUGGGGUGCCUUUGGAAUUUGGACUUUUUACUACUAUGCGUUCAACCUGAAUUUAAGACAUUUCAGUCCAUUAUGGGCAGGCAGCACUCAUUUCGUAUUCAUUAUAUUUGGAUCUUUGACUGCCAUAACUGUUGCAUUCACAAUCAACAAAGUGGGUCCAUCAGUUUUAUUUUGCUUAUCUUCCAUUGGCUUUACCUGUGGUAAUAUAAUAUUCAGUGUUACCUCUCCAGAUCAAACAUAUUGGCGUAACAGUUUAGGCAUGCAAAUCAUUUUAGCUCUUGGAAUGGAUUUAUCCUUUCCCGGCUCCUCCAUUAUUUUAAGUGAUUUAUUACCUAUGCAAUACCAGGGAAUGUCGGGUUCUUUAGUCAAUACUAUCACUAAUUAUGCAACAUCUUUAUGCUUAGGUAUGGGUACAACCGCAGAAGUUCAAUAUAAUAACGGAGGAAAGGAUGUAUUGAAAGGGUAUAGAGCUGCCCUUUAUGUUGCAAUUGGUCUAGGUGCAUUGGGUUUUGCAUUUUCGUUUUCUUAUAUGGCAGAAGAUUUAUGGAUCAGAUACAGGAAGAGAAGGCAAAAUGAAAAAAAGGAAGAUAAAUGUUAG